GCCUCUCAGAGCUCAUUCCCCAAGCAGGCUGCCCCAGCUCAGUGCUGGACAGUGCGCCCGCCGGCCGCUGCUAGUCAUGGCAGGGUCCCCAGGCCUCCUCCUGCUCUGCCUCCUGGCCUUCUGCUUAGCAGGCUCCAGCACCGUUGGGGGGCAGAAGGUGCGAUCCAGACGCUGUGAUGUGAAAACCAAGUUUGUCACUCACACACCCUGCACCAUGUGCCCUGCCAUCAAGAAGCGGGUGUGUCCCUCGGGCUGGCUCCGUGAGUUCCCGGAGAAGAUAGAGGACUGCCGCUACGAGGUGCAGCUAGGUGACUCUCUGGUGUCCAUGAGGGGCUGCAGCGUCGAGUGCUGGAAGGACGUGGUGGAGAAGGCUUGCUGCCCUGGCUACUGGGGGUCCCAGUGCUAUGAGUGCCCUGGAGGGGCAGAGACCCCGUGCAAUGGCCAUGGGAUGUGCUUGGACGGCAUAGACAGGAACGGGACAUGCGUGUGCCAGGAAAACUUCAGUGGCUCAGCCUGCCAGGAGUGCCAAGAUCCCAGUCGGUUCGGGCCUGACUGUCAGUCAGUGUGCAGUUGUGUGCAUGGUGUGUGCAGACACGGGCCGCUCGGGGAUGGAAGCUGCCAGUGCUUUGCUGGGUACACCGGACCUCACUGUGACCAAGAGCUGCCCGAGUGCCAGGUCCUGCACUGUCCUCACAACUCCCAGUGCUCUGCAGAAGACCCCACCUGCAGAUGCCUGCCUCACUACACUCAGCAGGGCAGCACAUGCCAAGCCCCUGACCCCUGCCAGCCAUCACCCUGCUCCCCACUGGCCCAGUGCUCAGUGAGCCCCAUGGGGAAGGCGCAGUGCCGCUGCCCCAAGAACUACCAUGGUGACGGGACGGUGUGUCUGCCCCAGGACCCAUGCAAUGCCAGCAAUGGUGGCUGCCCCAGCAACUCCACCGUAUGUCUGUACCAGGGGCCAGGCAAGGCCUCCUGCACGUGUAAGCCGGGCAUGGUCAGCAUCAACGGCAAUGCCUCUGAAGGCUGCACCCCCUACUGUUUCCCCUUCUCCUGUGACCGCUCAGCCACCUGCCAGGUGACCCCCGACGGGAAGACCAGCUGUAUGUGCAAGGAGGGCCAGGUGGGGGAUGGGCGUGCCUGCUACGGACACCUGCUCCAUGAGAUACAGAAGGCCACCCCGAUAAGGGCAGUGCUCCUGGGACUGAGAGUCGCCCUCGCCAUGCUGGACCAGGGCUGCCGGGAGAUCCUUACCACGUCGGGACCGUUCACUGUGCUGGUGCCGUCCUUCUCCUCCAGGACCUCCUGGACCAUGAAUGCAUCCCUCGCCCAGCAGCUCUGCAGACAGCACAUCAUCGCAGGGCAGCACCUCCUGGAGGAUUUGGCAGGCCUGCAGCAAACACGCAAGUGGUGGACGCUGGCUGGGCAGGAGAUCACAGUCACUUUCAACCGUUUCAUGCAGAAAUACACCUACAAAUACAAAGAUCUUCCCCAGCAAAUAUUCACCAUCCAAAAGGCCAACUACCCGGCAGCAAACGGUGUCUUCCACGUGGUGACUGCCCUGCGGUGGCAGCCCUCAUCGGAGCUACCUAGUGACCCCAAGAAAACUAUUGGCCAGAUCCUUGCCUCCAUGGAGGCCUUCAGCCGGUUUGAAACCAUCCUAGAGAACUGCGGGCUUCCCUCCGUCCUGGACGGGCCCGGGCCCUUCACAGUCUUCGCCCCGAGCAACGAGGCUGUGGACCGCUUGCGCGACGGCCGCCUGAUCUACCUCUUCACAGCAGGUCUGUCCAAACUGCAAGAGCUAGUGAGGCACCACAUCUACAGCCAUGGCCAGCUGACCAUUGAGAAACUCAUCUCCAAGGGUCGGGUUGUGACCACGGCAAACCAGGUCUUGGCUGUGAACAUCUCCGAGGAGGGGCGCAUCCUGCUGGGACCUGAGGGGGUCCCGCUGCGCAGAGUGGAUGUGCUGGCUGCCAAUGGCGUGAUCCACAUGUUGGAGGGCAUCCUGCUGCCCCCCACCAUCCUGCCCAUCCUGCCCAAGCACUGUAGCCAGGAGCAGCACCAGAUCGUGGUGGGCUCCUGUGCGGACUGCCAAGCCCUGAACGCCACCGGCAUGUGCCCCCCUAAUAGUGUGAAGCUGGACGUCUCUCCUGAGGAGUGUGUCUACACCCAUGACCCUACGGGGCUCAACGUCCUGAAGAAGGGCUGCGCUCACUACUGCAACCAGACCUUCCUGAAACGUGACUGCUGCAAAGGGUUCUUUGGGCCGGACUGCGCGCAGUGUCCUGGGGGCUUUUCCAACCCCUGCUAUGGCAAAGGCAACUGCAGCGACGGGGUCCUGGGCAAUGGGGCCUGCCUCUGCUUCCCAGGCUACAAGGGCAUCGCCUGCCACAUCUGCUCCAACCCAAACAAGCACGGAGACAAGUGCCAGGAAGACUGCGGCUGUGUCCACGGUCUAUGUGACAAUCGUCCAGGCAGUGGUGGGGUGUGCCAGAGCGGCACGUGUGCCCCAGGCUUCAGCGGCCGCUUCUGCAACGAGUCCACGGGGAGCUGUGGGCUCACGGAGCAGGCCCAGAACUGCCACCCGCAGGCCCGCUGUGUGAGCCAGGGGGGCAUCACCAGGUGUGUCUGUCUCGAUGGCUUUGAGGGCGAUGGCUUCUCCUGCACAGCCAGCAACCCCUGCUCCAACCCAGACCGUGGCGGCUGCUCAGAGAAUGCCGAGUGUGUACCUGGGGCCCUGGGCACCCACAACUGCACAUGCCACAAGGGCUGGAGUGGAGACGGCCGUGUCUGCGUAGCCAUCGAUGAGUGUGAGCUGGACGUGCGAGGCGGCUGCCACGCUGACGCCCUCUGCAGCUACGUGGGGCCCGGGCAGAGCCGGUGCACCUGCAAGCUGGGAUUUGCGGGGGACGGCUAUGUGUGCAGCCCCAUCGACCCCUGCCGGGCAGGCAACGGUGGCUGCCAUGACCUGGCCACCUGCCAGGCGGUGGGGGGAGGUCAACGGGUCUGCACGUGCCCCCCUGGCUAUGGGGGUGAUGGCUUCAGUUGCUAUGGAGACAUCUUCCGGGAGUUGGAGGCAAAUGCCCACUUCUCUGCCUUCUACCAGUGGAUCAAGAUAGCCGGGAUCACACUUCCUGCCGACAGCCGAGUCACAGCCCUGGUGCCCUCUGAGUCUGCUGUCCGCAGGAUGAGCCCCGAGGACCAGGCCUUCUGGCUGCAGCCAAGGAUGUUGCCACAACUGGUCAGGGCCCAUUUUCUCCAGGGUGCCCUCUCUGAGGAGGAGCUGGCCCAGCUGGGCGGGCAGGAGGUGGCCACCCUGAGCCCCACCACACGCUGGGAGAUUCACAACAUCAGUGGGAGGGUCUGGGUGCAGAACGCCAGUUUGGACGUGACUGACCUUCUUGCCACCAAUGGCGUCCUACAUAUCCUCAGCCAGGUCCUACUGCCUCCAAGGAAGGAUGCGCCAGGCAGGCAUGGGCUGUUGCAGCAGCUGGACUUGGUGCCUGCCUUCCACCUCUUUCGGGAUCUGCUGCAACACCAUGGUCUGGUGUCCCAGAUUGAGGCCGCCACCGCCUAUACCAUCUUUGUGCCCACAAAUGACUCUCUGGAGGCCCAGGGCAACAGCAGCACCCUGGAUGCAGACACAGUGCGACACCAUGUGAUCCUAGGGGAGGCGCUGUCCUUGAAAGUCCUGUGGAGGGGGGGACACCGAAACUCCCUCCUGGGCCCCACUCACUGGCUGGUCUUCUACAACCAUAGUGGCCAGCUUGAGGUGAACCAUGUGCCGCUGGAAGGCCGGGUGCUAAAGGGGCCUGGCUGCACACUACUUGGCCUGUCUGGAGUCCUGACGGUGGGCUCGAGCCGCUGCCUAUAUAGCCACGCUGAGGCCCUGCGGGAGAAAUGUGUAAACUGCACCAGGAAAUUCCGCUGCCCUCAGGGCUUCCAGCUGGAGGACACCCCCAAGAAGAGCUGCCUCUACAGCUCUGGCUAUUCCUUUUCCCGGGGCUGUUCUUACACGUGUGCCAAGAAGAUCCAGGUGCCCGACUGCUGCCCGGGCUUCUUCGGCACACUGUGUGAGCCGUGCCCAGGGCAGCUGGGCAGGGCAUGCUCGGGCCACGGACGGUGUCAGGACGGGCUCCUGGGUAGUGGGGAGUGCCGCUGCCACGAGGGCUUCCACGGAACAGCCUGUGAGAUGUGUGAGCUGGGCCGCUACGGGCCCAACUGCACUGGAGUGUGUGACUGUGCCCACGGGCUGUGCCAAGAGGGGCUGCAAGGGAAUGGAAGCUGUGUCUGCAAUGUGGGCUGGCAGGGCCGACACUGUGAUCAGAAAAUCACUGGCCCUCACUGCCCAAAGAAGUGUGACCCUAAUGCCAACUGUGUAGGGGACUCGGCGGCAGCCCCCGCCUGCGUCUGUGCUGCAGGGUACUCAGGCAACGGCACCUACUGCUCAGAGGUGGACCCCUGUGCCCAUGACCAUGGGGGCUGCUCCCCGCAUGCCAACUGCACCAAGGUGGCACCAGGACAGCGGACGUGCAUCUGCCAGGACGGCUACAUGGGUGACGGGGAGCUGUGCCAGGAAGCCAACAGCUGUCUCAUCCACCAUGGGGGCUGCCACGUGCACGCUGAGUGUAUUCCCACAGGUCCCCAGCAGGUCUCCUGCAGCUGCCGCGAAGGUUACAGUGGGGAUGGCAUCCAGACCUGUGAGCUCCUGGACCCCUGCUCCCAGAAUAAUGGAGGCUGCAGCCGCUACGCUGUGUGCAAAAGCACAGGGGAUGGCCAGAGGACAUGCACCUGUGAUGCAGCCUACGCCAUGGGAGAUGGUUUCACCUGCCAUGCCCGAGUCAACCUGGAGCUCCUUCAGGACAGGCAUGCCUCAUUCUUCAACGUUCACCUCCUGAAAUACAGUGAGCUCAAGGGCGACGGGCCUUUCACAAUCUUUGUGCCGCAUGCAGAUCUAAUGACCAACCUGUCACAGGAUGACCUGGCCCGGAUCCGAGCCCAUCAACAGCUGGUGUUCCGCUACCACGUGGUCGGCUGCCGGCAGCUGCGGAGCCAGGAUCUGCUAGAGGAAGGCUAUGUCACCACGCUCUCCGGGCACCCUCUUCGCUUCAGCGAACGGGAGGGCAGCAUCUACCUCAAUGACUUCGCACGAGUGGUGAGCAGUGACCACCAGGCAGUGAACGGCAUCCUGCACUUCAUCGACCGUGUCCUGCUUCCGCCCGACGUGCUACACUGGGAGCCGGACGCUGCCCGGACCCCACCGAGAAAUGUCACUGCCGCAGCAGAGAGCUUCGGUUACAAGAUUUUCAGCAACCUUUUGAUGGCAUCUGGUCUCCUGCCCCUGCUGCAAGAUGCGUCCCACAGGCCCUUCACAAUGCUGUGGCCCACAGACUCCGCCCUACGAGCACUUUCGCCUGAUCGCCAGGCCUGGCUCUACCAUGAGGACCACCGCGGCAAGCUAGCAGCCAUUCUUCGGGGCCAUAUAAUCCGUAAUGUAGAGGCCUUGGCAUCCGACUUGCCCAACCUGGGCCAACUCCGCACCAUGUAUGGGACCCCCAUCUCCUUUUCCUGUAGUCGUGCCCGGCCGGGUGAGCUCACAGUGGGUGAGGAUGAUGCCCGAAUUGUGCAGCGGCACUUGCCCUUUGUGGGUGGCCUGGCCUAUGGCAUUGACCAGCUGCUGGAACCACCUGGCCUUGGUGCCCGCUGCGACAGCUUUGAGACUCGGCCACUGUGGCUGGAGGUUUGCAGCAUCUGUGGCCGGGAGCCGCCCUGUCCUGAAGGCUCACGUGAGCAGGGCAGCCCCCAGUUGUGCUGGCGCUACCUCACAAAGUACUGGAUGUCCCCUACAUUGUAUCCCUUGGGACUGCACAGCAUCUGGGCCCAUCCCCAACGUCGGGCCAGGGGCUGCCACCGCAACUGUGUCACUACCACCUGGAAGCCCAGCUGCUGCCCGGGUCACUAUGGCAGUGAGUGCCGAGCGUGCCCUGGGGGUGCCAGCCACCCCUGUAGUGGCCAUGGUGUAUGCAUGGAUGGCAUGAGCGGCAAUGGGCACUGUUGGUGCCAUCCAGGGUUUGCUGGGACAGCAUGUGAACUCUGCGCCCCAGGGGCCUUUGGGCCCAGUUGCCAAGCCUGUCGCUGCACCUCUCAUGGCCAAUGUGAUGAGGGCCUUGGGGGCUUUGGCUCCUGCUUCUGUGAGGAAGGCUGGACUGGGCCACGCUGUGAGGUGCAGCUGGAGCUGCAGCCUGUGUGUGCCCCAGCCUGUGCACCCCAGGCAGUAUGCCGUGCAGGCAACAACUGUGAAUGCAGCCUGGGCUAUGAAGGGGAUGGCCGCACAUGUACAGUGGCAGACCUGUGCCAGGAUGGGCAUGGCGGCUGCAGUGAGCAUGCCAACUGCAGCCAGGUAGGCACUGUGGUCUCCUGUGCCUGCCUGCCAGACUACGAGGGUGACGGCUGGAGCUGCCGGGCCCGCAACCCCUGUGAAGAUGGCCACCGAGGGGGCUGCAGUGAGCAUGCUGACUGCCUGAGUACUGGCCCAAAUGCACGGCGCUGUGUGUGCCAUGCUGGUUAUGUGGGUGAUGGGCUGCACUGUCUGGAAGAGCCUGAGCCUCCAGUGGACCGCUGCCUGAGCCAGCCCCCACCAUGUCACGUGGAUGCCGUGUGCACUGACCUGCACUUCCAGGAGAAACGGGGUGGUGUCUUCCACCUCCAGGCCACCAGUGGCCCUUAUGGUCUGAACUUCUCAGAGGCUGAGGCAGCGUGCGGGGCCCAGGGAGCUGUUCUUGCUUCUCUUCCUCAGCUCUCUGCUGCCCAGCAGCUGGGCUUCCACCGGUGCCUCGUGGGCUGGCUGGCCAACGGCUCGGCUGGCCACCCCGUCGUUUUCCCUGAGGCAGACUGUGGUGCUGGUCAGGUGGGCGUAGUCAGCCUGGGCACCCAGGAGAACCUGUCACGGCGCUGGGAUGCCUAUUGCUACCGUAUGCAAGAUGUGGCCUGCCGAUGCCGUGAUGGCUUUGUGGGUGAUGGGACCAGCACAUGCAAUGGGAAGCUGCUUGAUGUACUGGCUGCCACCGCCAACUUCUCCAUCUUCUAUGGGAUGCUGCUGGACUAUGCUAACACCACUCCUCGAGGUCUUGACUUCCUAGACUUCCUGGAUGAUGAGCUCACGUACAAAACACUCUUUGUUCCUGUCAAUGAAGGCUUUGUGGACAACAUGACAUUGAGUGGCCCAGACCUGGAGCUGCAUGCCUCCAACGCUACCUUCCUUAGUGCCAAUGCCAGCCACGGUACCUCACUCCCUUCCCACUUGGGCCUCAGCCUUGUCUUCAGUGAUGUGGGCCCUGACAACAGUUCUCAAGCCCCUGUGGCUCCAUGGACAGUUGUGGUUAGCCAUGUUGUCGUGUGGGACAUCAUGGCCUUCAAUGGCAUCAUCCAUGCUCUGGCCAGCCCCCUCCUGGCACCCCCACAACAUCGGGCAGUAGUGGCACCUGAGGCCCCACCUGUGGCAGCUGGUGUGGGAGGUGUGGUAGCCGCUGGAGCACUGCUGGGUCUAGUGGCUGGAGCCGUGUACCUCCGAGCUCGCAGCAAGGCCACAGGCUUUGGCUUCUCCGUCUUCCAGGCAGAAGAUGAUGCAGAUGAUGACUUCUCCCCGUGGCAGGAAGGGACCAGCCCAACCCUGGUCUCUGUCCCCAACCCAGUCUUUGGCACUCACGAUGCCUUUUGUGAGCCCUUUGAUGACUCCCUACUGGAGGAGGACUUCCCUGACACCCAGAGGAUCCUUGCAGUCAAGUGACACAUCAAAGACAGAAGCAGGGGAGGACCACUUUAUUGCUCAUUUGGACAAAUGCCCAGAGUGGGCGGGGCAGGAGGGACCAGGGCCUGUUCUGGACAAUAAAGGUGCCCUCAGCGGAUGUGAGCCA